GUGUUUGUCCAGUAAAAUACGGUUUAAAUAGAACUGCUUUUUGAGACAAAAUUUGUGGAAUGUGCGUUGCAGCGAUUGCGCGAGGGAAGACAUCUGCGAGAAGUUCUAUUUGAAAGGGUCUACGUCAACACUUGAAAGAUGCCGAGUGCUUUAGGCAGUAGUCGAAAAACGCAGUCAGCGGAUGAUAUCCGGCGCGCCUUGAGUGGUAGACUGAGCACUACAACAAACCUUGGAGGAAUGACGAAUAAGGGAGUCUCCCCCGGGAUGGAACUACUUAUCCCAAGCUCCACGCUGGAGAGAGCACCGUCUUCAACUGGGGGACUAAGUUCCAAGAGCUCAAGAGAAGUGUUAACCAAUUCACUGCGAAAAUUGACCAAUCAGAUAACAGAAUUCAAGAGAAGCUUUACUCAGGAGCAACAUCAUUGCAAUCAUCGUCACGGGAGAACGCCGGAAGAUAGAGACGGAUGGAAAAAUAGGACUGAGUUCAUCUUGAUGUUGAUUGGUUAUACGGUCGGACUUGGGAAUGUUUGGAGGUUUCCUUACUUAUGCCAAAAGAAUGGUGGAGCGUCUUUCCUUAUUCCAUAUGGAAUCAUGCUAGCCUUAGAGGGCAUACCAUUGUAUUACUUGGAACUCUGCAUUGGUCAGCGGAUGCGGAAAGGCUCGAUAGGAGUAUGGAACGAAAUCUCGCCCUACCUUGGGGGACUAGGGCUGGCCUCUAUAGUAGUAUGCUUUUUAGUAUCACUCUAUUACAAUGUCAUCAUUGCAUGGUGCGUUUUUUACUUCUUCAAGUCGUUUCAAAAUCCUUUACCUUGGACAUCAUGUCCACUCGAACCAGUGACUGUCGGUAAUGUCACGACGAUGGAGCCUGUGCACGAGUGUAAAAUAACCUCACCAACUGAGUAUUUUUGGUAUCGAACUACAUUGGGAAUGUCUUCAAGCAUUGAGGAAGGCGGCGGUAUGAAUUGGAAGCUUUGCGCAUGUCUAGUUGGAAUUUGGUUGGUGAUUUGGCUAUGUAUGAUGAAGGGAAUCAAAAUUACUGGAAAGAUUGUAUACAUGACUGCCACCUUGCCCCUGAUCCUGUUGAUAAUAUUUUUCUUCCGCGGAGUUCAUCUCAAGGGAUAUCAAGAAGGAUUAGCCUUACUUUUUAUUCCGGAGUUUGACCGGCUAAAAGAUCCUCUGGUGUGGUUGGAUGCCGCAGUACAGAUCUUUUACUCGCUGGGUGUGGCUUAUGGAUCCUUGAUAGCCUUUUCCAGUUACAUGCCGAUCAAGAACGAUUCGACAAGAGACGCAAUCACAGUUUGCCUUAUCAACUGUGCAACGUCCAUUUACGCCAGUGUUGUUGUCUUUUGCUUUAUUGGUUUUCAGGCUGAAGACAGAAUGGAGCAUUGUCUAGAAGAUCAAGCUAAACAGGCUAUGCGCCUGUUGAAUGGUACAGGUGUCAGCGGUGCGGAAACGCUGGACCAAGCAACAUACAACGAACGUCUUCAAAGAGCCUCGAUUUUCUUCAAUGAAACGCUUAUUACGUGCGUCAAAUCAAAGUUUUUAACGAUCCCAUCUGGCCAAGGAUUAGCCUUUAUAGUAUUCACAGAUGCGAUCAACAAGAUGCCUUUCGCGCAACUCUGGGCGGUCAUGUUCUUCCUCAUGCUGAUUACGGUUGGACUUGAUACGGAGUUUGGAAUGUUAGAAGGCGUGGUCACACCUGUGGUUGAUAUGAAAUUAUUUCCGAAACUGAAGAAGGAAUAUAUAUCAGGAAUUCUUUGUCUGGUGUCCUGUCUGAUGGGUCUGCCUUUGGUUCAGUAUUCAGGAGAGUACUGGGUUCAACUUAUCGUCGCUUAUUGUUCUGGUAUUCCUUUACUGAUUAUCGCCUUAGUGGAAUGCAUCGCUAUUUGCUACAUCUACGGUAUUGACAGAUUUUGUGAUGACAUAAAGUACAUGACGAAUAAACCUCCACGUUUUAUUUGGAAAUGGUGUUGGAAAAUCAUCUCUCCGGUCACCAUUUUCCUUGUGCUUUCCAUGAGCAUCAAGAGCAUGUCGGAGACUACACCGCAGUACUCAGUCUGGGACGCCAGUAAGGGUAAAGUUGUUUGGACUACGUAUCCUCCAUGGGCGAAAUUCCUGGCCAUAAUGAUCACUCUCGUGUCAAUAAUAUUUAUCCCUGGAGUGGCAUUGUUACGCUACUUCCGAGUUAUCGGAAUGGGAACACCCGAGCUUCCCACGGUGAUACUGGACGCUGAUGUUGACACUGACCUGAAUUCUUCGGAAUUGCAACCACUUCACAACGGCAAGCCAACGAAGAACAAGAAAAGGAGAAAGCUCAGUCGUGCCAGAAGAAAGUUCAUGCUUGAAGAGAAAGAAACAGAAAGAACGGAAGGGAACAAAAAUGGUCCUUUAAACAGAGUUAUCACUGCUAAUGGUCAGACAUAUCAGCUUGUGAACCAGCACAACGGCGCGGCUAUGUUUAUCUAGCAUUAUGUUCAGAAUACUUAUAGCAUGCACUUUAACUUAACACGAGACGAUUUUCGGCCUCUGGGCUACUUUAGAAACGCCAGUUAACGUAUUUAUACUUUUAUUUCUACGUUAAAGGGUUUCUAAUGGUCAAUGUCGGGCAUAGCCAGUGAAUGAAUAACCCUGACAGAGACGUAUUCCUCGAGAACACGGGUAUGUCCUUCCCUUGCUGUGGGGAAAGGUGGAAUUCCAGAGUAUCACUCUUUCUGUCUCGUAGUUCAAUACUGGAACAUUUAUAUUGUAACAGCCGGAAUUUUCGAAAUGAAAUAUACCGUAAAUUUCAGUGAAAUAGUUUUUAUAGAAAUUUGCUGAAAUUAAUUCAGAAUGCUGAUCACUUUUGCAGUAGUAACUCUGUAUAGUAUGUCCGCAGACACAAUUCACCCUGGAAAAAAAUCUAAGGAAAAUCACCCAAAGUAGUGAACUGGAGCACCAGAUUUUUCUUUGAUUAGUGGAGCAUACAAGCAACGCCAUGUUGACUGGUUAGGUUUUGUAACAGUCGUUUACAAAUUAUUACUUGAAAUCCUGGCUUCGGCUAAGAGUAGAAACCAUAAUAAUAGUUUCGCAUAUUUAAUCAUUUUUAUUCAAUAUGGCUCACUGUAUGGGUUAUUUACACCAAUUUUGAACUUAGUAAUAUGGUGUUUUGUAUUUAUUUGUCUCAUUUCCUAAUGUUCAGUUUUCUAACUACUAGCUUUGAAGGAAGUGGGGUUUUAGAUCGACUUAGGGGCUUUCAGUUGACAAUCAAGAAGCUGGAAUCAAAGCUGGAGUCAGAAACUGGAACUCCAAUCAGUCAUGAAUAUCAUAAUUACAGUAAUUGACAAUCGUAAAUUUCACUCGUUGAGCAAUAAACGCAGGCGUUUUUAACAAACGAGUAAAUAAACAAUAGCUUUUAAAUUU